AUGAAGCUGAAGAAUGAACGUGGAGCUGAAUCAGUGCUGUGUGGUAAUUUGAAACGAAUUUUGCAGGAACUUGAUAUAAUCUAUAAAAUUCCGCACUGUGUGCCCAUCUCAGCGCACCAUAAAUGGAAUUUUGAUGAUCUGCUGGAGAAAAUGUGGGAUUACCUGAAUCUCAUUCGAGUAUAUACCAAACCGAAAGGACAACUACCUGAUUACAAUACGCCAAUUGUGUUGCCAGCAGAUUCACGGACGGUCGAUGAUUUGUGCUUGAAAAUCCACAAAAAUCUUCAGAAAGAUUUUAAAUUUGCUUAUGUCUGGGGAAGCUCAGCAAAGCACAAUCCACAGAGGGUAGGCAAGGAGCAUAUUCUGAACGAUGAGGAUGUCGCACAAAUUGUCAAGAAGUAUACCAAACCGAAAGGACAACUACCUGAUUACAAUACGCCAAUUGUGUUGCCAGCAGAUUCACGAACGGUCGAUGAUUUGUGCUUGAAAAUCCACAAAAAUCUUCAGAAAGAUUUUAAAUUGUAG